CACCUUUAACCCCUCAAUCACACACACACACUCGUUCAUGUGUUUUUCUGAUGGCAUUGGCGUUUCUCCGACGGAUCUCCAGGCUCCUGAUGGUCCUGAUCGUCUUUCAAGGUGUGUGUGUGAUGUUUUAUUACACACGCAACACACACUCCUCCAGAGAUGGGAUGACAGACGUGCUGCGCUGCGCUAAACUCAGACACAAGUUUUCUAUUAUCAAACCGGCCAAAAGUAUAAAACUGGAGAGAUUCACGCAGGAGCUGUCAGAUUUCUUGAGCUGCCCGUACAAAGCAAACACUACCGAGCGCGAGCUGAACAGAAUGAGGAUGCAGUUUUGCUGUAAUGCCACAGGAUCGUUAUUCCUCACCAAACGAAACACGGCCAUCAAUCAGACCAUCCCGUAUGAGACGAGCACAACAAAAACAUACAAAAUGAAUGCAGUUGUUCACAGCAUGUUGCCUAAGGAUUUCCCCUGGAGCGGUCGUCGUCUGGGUCGGUGUGCUGUGGUCGGCAGCGGUGGGAUUCUGAAGAACAGCAGCUGUGGACGUGAGAUUGACAGCGCAGACUUCGUCAUACGGUUUAAUUUGGCUUAUAUUAAUGACAGUGAUGUUGGGCUGAAGACAGAUCUGGUGACCAUCAACCCCAGUCAGAUUCGGAGAGAAUACAAAAACCUGGUGCGGAAUCCGGAUCCGUUGGUGGAGCGGGUCAGUGUGUACGGAAACGCAUCCCUCGCCAUGCCCGCCUUCGCCUACACCUUCUGCACUGGACUGUCAAUCAAAACUCUCAAAGUCCUCCGUCCAAUCAGACCUCAGCAGCCGGUGGUGUUCUUCAGCCCCAUUUACCUUCGAACAUUGGACCGUUUCUGGAAGGGGCGUGGCCUGAAGUCGAUCCGCCUCUCCACUGGGUUUAUGUUAAUUAACAUGGCGCUGGAACUGUGUGAGCAUGUGCAUGUUUAUGGAUUCUGGCCGUUUGGAACGGACCUGCAGAACAAUCCGGUUCCGUAUCAUUACUACGACAAGUUGAGACCGCAUCGUUACUUGCACAAAAUGCCGGAGGAGUUUGUGCGGCUUCUGCAGCUCCACAGCCAGGGGGCGCUAACACUGCACCUGCAGCCCUGCUUGCACUUAUGAUCUUAUCUGUCUGUGACUAUUGUUUAUUUAUAGGAGAGGACAUAUUAUAUAAUUAAAUUGUAAAUUAGGAUUAUGUAAUUAAAUUGUUUUAAAUGAAUGCAAAAGCACAAAAAGCGUUAUCUUUACAUUUCAGGUUGUCUGAAGAAUAAUGUUUUGUCAAUGUUUUUGUUCACUGGGAGAUCUGAAGCAUGGAUAUUUAUUUCAUCAUGUGACUGUACUCAAUUUUGGGAUACAAUAAAUGUUUGAUAUGGAAUGUGUUAUUGAAAUGUGUCAUGAUUAUAGACAUAAAGUCCACCGAAUGGGUGCCAUUUGCACCCAAAAAAUAAUUCCAUUUUCUAUCUUUUUUUUUUAAAGACUGAAUCUAGUAAUACACACAUUUAACUAUUCAAAAUCUGUAUUGGUCCAUCUCGGGUAACUUUAUUUAAUUUUCUACACAAUUUUUAAGUGGAAGAUGCAUUUUUCUCAGUCCUGUUACCAAAACUGUAAUGUCUUUUAAAAAGCAUUGUAAGAAAAUGUGAUGAGGACAUUGAAGAUCUUGAUGAAGAUGUUUAGUGCAGCAUAGCAGUGACCAAGUACAUGUAGUACUUUGGGUUCAAUGGAGUCUGAAUGAACCCCGAACAUCCUAAACUCAAACCUUUUAUACAGUUACAGUUGCUCCUGUUGUUACAGCUGUGGUCUGUAUGUUAAUUAAGUUCUGACACCCCUUUGUCUGAGGUAGUUCUCGGUGUCCUAUUCUACAAUUGGUGACCAUUUGCUCACGAUGUGAUCAUCCCAAAUGGUCUACAAACAACAUAACUGUUGACUUUCUUCUUUAUAAUAAUUAAGCCAUUUUGGGAAAUGAGCAUGAUCAAACAUGUAUUGUGGAGUGGAAUCUGGGUCAAGGCAGACUAUAGUUUCUUACAGCAUGUUUUAUGUCAAGAAAUUCCUUCAUUUCCCCCUCAGGCAGGUGUUUAUUUUAAAGAAAUUGUUGGUUUCAUGGUCAAAAAACAUUAUUUUUAUCAUAAAAAAAAUCACUAUUUAUCUACACAAGAUGUAUUUUUCUAAAGUACAGAAACCCAUUUUUUCAUUUUAAAGGCGACUCAAACCUUAAGCUUAUCAAUUUUUUAUUAAACAAUAGGAUAAAUUAUGGACCAAACUUAAUUUAAAAAAUAGUGGUUUAACUUUAUUUUUUAAAGAAAAAACUAUUUAGUAACAGGAAAUGAAACUGGUAACAGGAAGGAGUAUCCAUUAUAUUAGUAUGCAGGUUUGACUACACGUGAGGUAUUGAUGAUAUAGUGAAGAGUGUUGAACAUUGACUAGUGAGCUGACCUCACUGCUGAAAAAGGCCAAAUCAUGUUUCUAUUUAAAGGGGUGGUUGACUCUUUUUUUUUUUCUAGGCUUGAUUGUGUUUAUGGGAUGCAGUCUAACAUGUGUUAAUGCUUCAUUUUUAAAAAACGCAUUAUUUUUCACAUAAUUUACCUUCAUUCCACACUGCUCUGUCCCUUCUCUUCUAAACGCGCUGAUCAUUUCCUGGUUUUAUGAAGCCCCUCCCUCAGAAAUACGCAAUGGGCUCAGAUUGGUUAGCUGGUCCAGUGUGUUGUGAUUGGCUAAACCGCCUCUAGUGUGCAUCUAAACGUCCCGCCCCUCAGCUCAGCGGCAUGUGCUCCGGUUGUAUUGUAAACAAUGGUGUUGUCAAUAUUGCUCAUCAAUUUGAGCCCGAUUGAGACGCAGAGGAUAUUAGGGAAGAGGAUCGCGCAGAACCUGUGCAAGCUCGGCUCUCAAUGGUAUGUUUGUUUGUUUGUUUGUUUGUUGUUGUCGUCUCAUACUUUUAGAUAUGCUGUUAUUUGUAAGUGCUACUGCUUCUGUUAGCUUUUAAUAUAUGGUUUUAUCCUGAUUAAAGCUUUAACAUUUAAGCUUUAAGGUUUAUCUGGGUUCGUGACGUAAUGGACCCGGGAAGUAACUGGUUGUAGUCCCUUACCAGCCGUUUUUGUAGGCAUUAAACUUCCAGAAUUUUAAAAGAUGAUAUCUCUGUUUGCAUUGAACUUUCAGCGCCGCAACUUUGCAGAUAUUGUUUAUGCUCAAACAGCAACAUUACACACUAACUAACGUUAAAAAAGUGAAAUUGCAAUCAACCACCCCUUUAAGUCUAGUGGUCUGCAGAGGUUUUUGUUAGGGUCAUGUUUAGGGGUAGAGGACAGGUUACAAGAUAAUAUAUAAAUAACUAAAAAAUUAUAAAUAUUAAAUGAAAAUGAAAAUUAAUAUUAAAAUUAUAAACUUAAUAUAUAUUUUCAGUUUUUCUGUGGAUAUUGUUUUCUUACAGCACAGCUCACACUCAAACGCCAUUCCAUAUAUGAGUAAUUGCCACAGGACAGAAAUCAUACAUUUUCUGUCAUAUUUGCAAGAAAGUAAUAUAAAUCAACAAUGCAGGAAUAACCAUAGGUUUUCUCUGGGCAAAAGCAUUGUCUCAGUGUGGAUAGAAGGCCAAAACAUUGAGAAAAAGAUGCGUUUUCAAAUUUAUCUAGAUUAAUAUGGAUGUAGCCUAAUAUUUACAUUAAUAAAUCUGAUGACACUACUCACUCCUGUUACUUUUACUCGGUUACUAUAUAUAUAAGUAUAGGAUAUAUGAGUAACAGGACUGAAAGUGACAGGAUUGAGAUUUUAGGAUAAAAUUAGCAAAUACAUAUAAUCUAGCCACAUCGAGUACAUGAUAAAAUGAUGAGAAUACUCAGCAAAUUAUAGUGAUUCACAAAGAUUUGUAUUUUUAAAAUAAGUAACAUCUAAGAAAUAAUUUAGGUAACACUCUUACAAUAUCAUCAGAUAUACAGAAAAGAAAGCAAGACCACAUGCUUUCGGUCAUUUCAUUGCCUUCAGAAGAUCCAGAUGUUGCAAUAUUAUGUUGAAAAUGUGUCUUGUGGAACUUUCCCAGUUUUUUAGAGGGGUGUUAGGGUAACAGGACUGAGUGAAAACCAGGGGACACGACUAAAAUGUGUAUUUUAUCCAAAAUAUUAUACAUUUAUUUUGAAAUGAAUGUAUUUAAAGCACAGAUGGGAUGCAAAACAAAAAUGAUUUCUGAAGGAUUUUAAACCUUAUAUUUAAUGUUAAAAUGUAGCAUUAGACACUGAGGACAUGUACAAAUGCUAUAUUUUCAGUGUUUUAGGUAGCUUUUAAUAAUUUAAUUACAUAUUUUAAAUUUGCAGUUAGAUUAAUGUGCAGGACACUUUCUUUAAUAAUAAAAUGUAUUUUGUAGUUAAUCUUUAUGCAUGUUUACAGAAAUGGUGCCCAUUCGGUGGAAUGGCCCUAAAUAAAGUUCGAUGUUUGAGCUCCGCUGUAUAAACACACGAGCAGUGUUUCUGCGGCUGACAGAUCUUUUCCUGACCUGUUUUUUAGUGUUUUUAGGACUGCGACAAAACAAGUUGCAGUAUUUCUCCGAACUGUGUAAUACAGAGUGUUUUUUCAGGGUGUUUUCGAUGGACUUUAGAGCCAUAAAGUGAGUGAAUGAUUAAUUUCGCUGCAGAAAUGAGACUUCAGGUUGACCACGGUGAACAACGAAGCAGUUUCUCACAGCGACCGGAUCAAAUAUAGAUAUAAAUAUACAGUAACUAAUAACUCUAUAGUACCUUUAAGUUGAGUGUUUUAGUAGCUGAUGCUGAAGCGGCGGUGAGGGAGAGCAAACGCGACCAGACCAGCGUCAUCUGUCCAUCUUUUCUGUCUAAUGCUUCAUUUGUAGCUUGUAUAUGGUUGGCCUGCGAUGGAGGAAAGCAAGACUGAUCAUGUAACUCCGCCCACAACUCCAAACAAAGCCACGCCCUCUUCGCCAAACUGCGACGAACGGCCGAUGGGUUUGAGCAGCCCAGAGUUGCUAAAAGAAUUGAAACAACCGCAUGCGCUCAAACACGUCCCUGCGCACAAGGGACUGACCACGGUGUUCUGUGGACGAGGACGACAGAAUCAGGAGGCAGAGAGUCGGUCGAAAAACCUGCCCUGAAACGCCAGCAAUCACAGUGACUGUUCGGCGGUGAUUACCGUUGAUUGGCUGUUUGAGCUGUCUGUCAGUGAUAAGCCCCACCCCCUGUGGCGGAUUCCAUCUCUGUGAGCUGCUCUGGUUAUGAGGAUCUUCCACAUCCGUCAUGUUUUUGUGCGAGUAUGAAAGCAAUCUUUCAGUCUGUAGUGCGUCUGAUGUUUCAACAGUGUGAAUAAUAUCAAAUAUGAAAUAAAAGUGUGUGUGUGUG